AUGGCUGCGAUAAUUGAAAAUAUCGACCCUAUCCUCCUGAGCGGGCCUCUUUACAUUGGAGUCCUAAUUGCGCAUUUGCUCUUUGGGGCUUAUAUUGUUCAACUCUUCUGUUAUGUAUACGAGAUCCGACGCACCACCCCCAGGACAUUGACUGCUAUUGUCGGAUUAAUCACCAUCGUUGAAACGGUCAGCAUAUGUUUGAUUACGGAAACAGGGUGGAAAUGCCUUGUCGCCAGUAGCUCUGCCCCGGACCUCAACCAGCUUGCUACCUACACCCCGGGUAUGGCGGCGUAUCCUGCCCUGAACGGUGUCGUGGCGUGUACAGUCCAGCUUUAUUUUUCUCAUCGCAUCUGGACGCUAUCAAAGCUGAGCGCGCAAGCAUACAUUGCACUCGUAAUAGCAUUGGUCGCAUGCAUAGGUCUAGGUUCGACCAUCAUCGUGUCCACCUUUUUUGGUCGCAUAGAUCAACAAGUCCUCGGUAUGCCCGACGAGAAAGGCCUGACGAGCAGCGUCAGUGUCGCCCUCUCCGCACAUCUCACCGCGGAUUUCCUUAUCACUGUUGCCAUGGUUCGCAUUCUGAGAGGGUACAAAGAUCGGACCGUCUUGCCAGCUGCAAAGAAGCUUUUGACAUCGUUCACGGUCAACACCAUUGAAAAUGGGAUGGUUACGACUAUAUGUGCAGCAACCAAUUUGGCCCUCUUUUUCGCUCGCCCCCACGACGCCUUGCACGUGGUCUUGUGA